UUCCUGGCUGUUAUGAUCACUGUAGUUCCUCUUUCACUUUGGACGACCAGUAAAUAUCAGCCAGCCGACAGCAUCAGUCUCACUUCACAGCUCGGUCCUGGUCUCAGUCGGAUCACUGAGGAAGAUCAACCAGAGACUCUGAGGCUCCACAGCAGGUUCAAGACAUCAUGGGAAACCGUCAGUGCACUGUUGAGAUUGAGAAUAAUUCUCAAUACAACUUCUGUAACCCGCAUGUGUACACGCUCAGUGGAUACCAUAAGGAUUUGCCACUAACUAUUGGUCCCUCUGAAUCUCGCUGCGGUCAGUUCCUCAAGACGUCUGGUACAGCACGUGGAGCUGUUGGAGUCUUCACUUACGAUCUACAGAUUAAAUCUACAGAAAGAGAUGUUGGAAAAAUGGCAGUCAUGUUCUCCGUUCCUUAUGACUACAACAUCUACUCUAACUGGUACGCAGUGGGAGUCUUUGAUAUGAGGAUUAAGUGUGAUCACAGCCUGUUUAACGACAUGUAUUACAACCCAGAAAGAGGGUUUUUCAGAGCUAAAGCUAAAGACAGUCUGACUUACAGAAGCAAAGCAGUUACCAUCAGAGCCACCAUGUCAGACAGUUGCAAACCUGUCAUCAAGAUCCAGGUGUCUCCAGGUUCUAAGCAACAUAAUUCCUACAUGGCAGAAAGUUAUAUUCACUUUCAUUCUCGCACUUUUCGUUUUCAACAUUAGUUUGUUUUACAUCUGCUGUCUGUUUAAGUGCAACUGCAUUUUUCCCCCUUGUUUUGUAAAACAGAAUGUUUUAUAUUUUAGCACAGCAUGUUUCCAGUUUUUUAGUUUUCAAAUGGAACAACACAAGCAGAAAUAUUUGGCUAAUUAUCAGCAUUUUUUUUUCUGCAAUAAGAGGUGGCUGUUCUGAAUCACUCUGAAACGCCCACAGAAGACGAUCCACAAAUGAUCCACAAAUAUUUCACUGUCCACAAAUAUGUAUAUUUACAUUUGUGUAAUGUCCACAAAAAUACAGUGACGUGUUCACACAAAACAGUUUUUGCUCAUUGUUGAUGACUUCCUGACAAUUUGUGGGUCACGUUCCAUUUGUGACUUCCCUUUUACACAUUUGUUGAAUUUUGUGUGUCACAGAAACAUAAAAUGUCUGUGGCACUGUAUCAUGUACAGACUUACCAAAAGGCAUCUGAGCGAUGCCCAACGCCGAACAGGAAGUUGUUGUAACUUCAGUGUUCAAAUUUAAUAUGUUUGUGAUCUGAUGAGCUUUUUAUCAGCAGGGCAGGCCUGCAAAAUAAAGAUGUAAAUGUUUUGCAACA